GACCGAGAUACUUGAUUUAAAAAAAACAUAUUCUUUAUUCUUGUAUAAUAUAAUUUGUUGUAAGGUCCUUGGUUACCCCCACCCAGCAGACAAAGCACAUAGAACUGUUUGAGUUUGACUGUAUUUCACGGACCGUGAUUGAACCAUAAGAUUAACCCAUGCCAUGAGAGAGAAUUACAAUUAAUUUAAAAUUAUUUUCAUUAACAAUAGAAAUUAGAAAUGAUACUGAAAAUGGCUGAAAAAGUAAUCAGCUCAUGUUUACAAAGUUCAAAGUAGCGGGCAACAACAGCUAACUAGCUAUAAUAGGAAUUACCCCCCCCCCCUCCCAUCGAGAGAGAAAAAUAUAAUAUUAUUAACAUCGAACAAGCUACAACCAGAGACCGUAGGCUAGACCUAUACACGGUCUUUGCUCACUGUUUUUCGGCGAGCAGCUGGAAUCGAAAGAAGAAAAUUGCAAAAAUGCUUUUGGACCAAUCAAAUUGAGGUUUUCAUUCUCUGCGAGACUUUCGUGUUUACAAGGGGGCUGGUUCUCGACUCUUCAUCAAGUCAUCAACUCUUCUGUGGAGGUCUUCUGUAUCACUUCAUCAUGACUCGAGGGCUCAUAAUCUCUCUUCUUGCGAUAUGCACACUUAUCAACCUUGUUAUCAGCGAGGACUGUAAAUUCGUUCCACCUUGUCAAUGUGUUUCUACUGGCUUUACUUUAGAUUUACGAAACACAGUGCGCCCAUUGAGUGUUAUUGAUGGAGACUACACCUAUUACAUUGACCCUUGUGGAGACCAUGCUAAAGUUGCUCACUUUUGCAAUGUGGCUGAGGAGGCGGGAUGUCAAGUGAAACAAUCUUCUAUAUUUGGCAUUGCAAGUACCUCAGGUUACAGUGCAACUGGAGACCCUUUUAAGAACAAUGUGGUCUUUAAGAAUCAGUACGGAGAGGGAACUGAAAUAAGAGUGACACUUUUGAAUAUCAAGUGCAAUUACUUCUCAGAAGGACAUCUUGUAUUCGUACAGGAAACUCCCCCCAAAACCUAUAACUUCACUCUGGAGACAAACAGAGCUUGCACUGUUCCCGCUGAAGACGAUGACGGAGGUUUGAGUGGAGGCUCUGUGUUGCUUAUAAUCUUUUUUGUCCUGCUUAUCGUAUACCUGGUUGGAGGAGUUCUUUUUCUCAAGUUUGUACGUCGCGCUGAGGGACUGGAGGCUAUACCCAACUAUGAAUUCUGGAAAGAUUUUCCUUCACUAGUUAAGGAUGGUGUUAAAUUCACCUGUCGAGGAUGCAAAGCUGAAUCAACAUAUGAGAAAAUCUAGUAAUCAUUUGACUUAAUGUUGUAAAGAGAGGAUGAAGCUGAAUUUCAGUUUUGUUUGUUUUUUGAUUGUCUGGUGGAUUUGUUAUUCAAUGUUUCAAGUUGUAUUAGUUUGUCUCUCCCUACCCCACGAAGUGUCUUAGGAAACUGAUGAUCUGACUGUGUGCUUCUCUUGAGUGGCCUAAUGUUUAUUGAAUUUUGAAUUGAGAGGAUGAAGUAUUCCUGUGUUGGCCAUGAUUGUGUGUGAUUGAAACAAGGUCUAAAUGUAACGUGGGUCCAUGUGUAUCAUUGUUUCUUUGAAAUUUGUUCCUUUUCUGUUGUGAAUACAGUCACUGUCAGUGCCUUAUCCAGUUUUGAGUGCAAAAUAAUGAUGAUGAUUAUUAUUGUUGAAAGCUUUGGAGGAAGUUUUCAGUGUGCAGUGACAUCACAUGACGUAGUUUGGCAGGUUAUUCUCUGUUGUAUUUAAGACUGCAUGGAUUCCUUGCUUUGCUUCUGCUCACCUCAUCAUGGAAGGGAUGCUUAAAUGGACAAGUUGGUGGAAUAGUGUGUGAAGUUUGUCUCUGUGUUUGAUGUUGGAGCAGUGAGUUUGUAGUUUUUGUAUUGGAUUGCUGCUAGAGUGUGAUAUUCUCGAGAUAUCGAGAUUAUUGUUACUCAUUAUGAUAUGUACAUUUUAUAUAAUUUUGUUGAUUUGCUGUGCAAGUUGUGAGGGAACAGAUUUUUUUUUUUAUUUCGCAGAAAGUUUUGACUCAUUUUUUAAUUUAGGAUUUCAAGGCAAACCAGUACUACAUAAAUGUUUGCAUUAAAAAAAAAAAUUUCUGCCCGGCUGUACAUUUUUGUGUACGGGGGGGGGGGGGGGGGGGGGGUGUGAAAGAGUGAGGCGAAUACUUUAUAAAAAUGGAUGGUUAAUACAUGAAGGAUAUUAUUCAGUUGCGUGAUUAAGAUACACCAAUGAAUUUGUUUCAAGCAGGUUCAGGUCACCAUUAUUGUCUCCAUGUUUCUCUUUGCUCAAAGAUAUCACUCCAGUUUCCUAAGUAUCUCUUGAACUUAUUCUAAAGGAGACUUUCUGUGUGGAAGUUUUCGAGAGAACCAAAUCAAAAUUUAUCUUUACUUAUUGUACAUUUUUGUUCGGUGCUGCAUCUGUCAUGCAUCUGUGUGAGAGUGAGGGGAAAAUGAGAUCAGAUGCCACACAUUACUUAUUUGAAACAUAGUGUUUUAAGAUGUCCAAGAUCAUUGUUGAAUGGUCAAUAAUUCCAGUAGGGUGUCAGGCAGGUCAAACACAUUGUUGUAACCCAUCCAAAAUGGUAGGUUCGUCUAUUGUUUGUUUGCUGUUGGGUUUUUUUUUCUUCUAGUAUUCAAUGAAUUCACUGUCACUGAUAAUGUUUGAUACCUCCUAGAUCUGCAGUUUGAAUUUAUUAUGAAUGUUGAGAAUUGAAGAAGUCCGUAUUAGAUUUUACACAGAAGGAAAAGGAUGCCGAAGAAAAGUAAAGAGAAAAAUUCUUAUUUGUGAAUAAUACAUGUGCAUUGAGAAAAACCCUAUCAUCAAAGGUACUGGGAAAUGGUUUCUUGACCUCAUUAAAAUGAAACUGAAAUCUAUUUUAUUAUGUGAUGUGGAGGGAGAAUGGUAUCUCUGUUCCUUGAGAACAAUAAAUUUGUUGAAAGUUCUGUCUUGAAUUAAAAUUACUUGUCAUAGGUUCAUAGGUCAGAACCGAAAUUUAUGAAAUUGAUAUCUGUGUGUAAACCUCCGAUCUGAAAUCUCAGUUUCCUGAUUCCCUGCUGUGUGUUUUUGUUUUUUUGAACAGUGGGGAAGAGGAGCCGGUCACUGUAGGCUGUUUGUUGUGAUUUACCAGAUGUCCGGUGUAAUUCAUUUUUGGGCUCUUAUCAUGCUGUUACUUGAUCCAUUUUCUUUUUUAUUUUAUUUUGGAGUACAGUCUACAUACAGCUGUGAUGAUGUUGUGCAUUGAUUGCUCUUAGUAUGAUAUUUUUGUGAUGUAUGUGGUACAGAGAAAGACUUUUGUUUGAGUAAUUUUCAAAUAUUUAUUUCUAUGGAUCUGUUGUUUGUUUUUUUUACCCCAUUUGCGUGGUGUUUACAUAAACUGACUACAGGUUUGAACAUAAUCAUAAUGAGAUAUCGAACAAUUGUGUUGGUAAUUAUCAUCUGGAGUGUAGGACUAUGGGAGAUGAGGUUGUGAAAGGUCCUGCAUACCUCUUCGAUGCUAGGACCUCUCAAACAAUACUCAUAACCUAUGUUCUAGAUACUUUUGUUAUGAGCGGACAGGUUUGAAGAUUUUUCAAUCAUAUUUUUUUAAUAUAUUGGUGAUCUUUUAAAAUGUAAGAUAGUAAGUGCAGGUUGGCAUUGCCUUUCCUAUAUAAUGUACUAUUUUAUGCUUACUUGCAGGCAGAAUGUAUUGCGUAUUAACACUUUGCUUCCAGUUUAAUUUUUGUAGUAGUUUCAUAUCAUACCUACAUGGUGAAAAAGAACUUUUUGUGGGACUUCACUCGCUGUCUGACUUUGAGGGUAAAUUAUGUGCCUGCUACUUGCUACUUUAGUCCCAGAUAGGAAGCAAAUUAUUUUGCCUGUUUUAUUUUUCCUUUUCACAGGCGAUCAGUGAAUGGCAAAUGGAAGCAUAUAUCAAAUUUCUAAAGUCAUUUAAAAAAAUCACAAGAUUUGAUGGUAGCAUUGAAGGUUUGUGUGGACUGCAAGGGCAGGUUAUAACACAAACACAAGAGUUAAAGCAAAUUGUUUUAUGAAGAAGAUCUAAUAUGUUGUAUGAGCUGGUAAAGAUAAAUGUUUCUGAUUGGGUCUAAAAAAGUGAAAUACCUGAAAGGGCUCACUGUUUUAGAUACUAUGGGAAGAAUAGUCACUUUAUAUUGGAACUCAUUGUACCUGCAAUGCAAAGUCGUGGCCUCUGUGAUAUGGCUUGCUAGAAGAAGCAGUAAAAAGUCUCUGUAUCAUCAUCAUAAUAUAAUAGAUGUUUAUAACGUAUUGCUAUAUUACCUGAACCUUUUCUAUAUAUCUUUACCACAAGGAAUUAAUACAAUGGAGUGAAAUAAAUUAAAAAGUGCAUGGUCUAAGAAGUGUGUUGCAUAAUUGAAAGAGUCAUGAAGUGAAGACACAGAGAAAGAACACCAUGUUGUUCUUGUCUCGAGUCAUUGCAGCUGGUGACUCAUUUCGGUGGACGCUCUGUGAACUCAGUUGGUAUCAUGCUGAGUUAGGGAGCAGAUAGCCUCGGCUCGAAUCCACAAUGAGCUUUCUUGAACUUGGGUUGUUUUACAUGUGUUUUCAAGGCUUGAACUCUUCUGAGUGGGUGGUUGGCGGGUACUCUGAACAUCUAUCGUCUUUAUCUCCCCUCCUUUUUUGUGUGUGUUACUCUCGUGUAACACCUCUAAUCUUCGGCACUUAUAUAUGACCUUAUUGUGUUGCAAGUGCCGUAAAACUCUUACUAAACCUAAAGAACUCAUCUGGCUUGGUACUAUCCGAGGUGAACAUUAAAUUCGGAGGUCCGCAUCUUUAAUAACAUAAUAGUGCUGACAGUUGCAUUAAACCCAUACACACUUGUACAUUUAUUUCGGACAUUACCAUCUGAUAAAGGCUCUUGUCUGCUAAGAAUCUAUUGUUCAGCCAUUAGCAGUUAUUUUUUAAAAUAAGAAAUGAAAUCUAAUUUUUUACUGUUCCUCUACUGUUUCUGCCUGAAUGUCUUACUUGCCUCAGCCCCAUUUGAUUUCAUUAUGUUGAUGUUAAACUCAAACUUUAAUACAGUAUUUGAUUUCAGAUUGCUGUGAAUUAGAAUCGGUUGCUGCUCUGUUAAUGAUUUAGUUAAAAUUAAAACAAGUUUUUUUAGUUUAAUGCACAUUUUAUUUGUCACUCAAACUGUUUGGAGAAGUCGUGACCAACCAAGGACAGAAUGCAAAUGGAAAUCAGAUCUACAUGUUGCUCACUAGUUCUUAUUUUUUAUUUGAAUGAUAAAAAUUGAAAUGAUUUCAAUGUAACAGACUUCAGAUUAAGUAAGGCACGUUACGUCUUUGAAAGAUUGUACAUGUUUUGAACACUAUCCUAUCUUGGAUCAACAACAGGUUAUAAAAGUUAUAAUACAAAUGAUCUGUAUUUUUGUCUCACAGGACGUUGUAUGCAAGAUAUUCUUUAAUAUGCUACUGUUUAAAAAAAAAA